GCCAGGAUUUAGACGCGUCGCGUGGAGAAAGUAAAUAAAGCCCGCCAAGCUGCAGCCCACAAGGCUGAAGCUCCGCAGAGAAGAGAUCCCUGCUAGCUGCGGACCUCAAGAAGGCUGAUUUCAUUGUGAGAACAAGCGUCCAACCACAACGAAGAAUGUCUAUUCCUGGCUUGGGACAGGCAGUACCUGCAGCUGCGUUGUCAGCGCCAACAGCUUCUGCGACUCCAGUAGUCCAUGAGCUCCAGCAGAAUUCAGAAUGGCGAUUCGAAGUCGCAGUUGGGCAGAAAAUAGAUGUCAAGAUAUUGUCAGGAACUGCCGAGAUCUUCGGUACUGAGCUUGCUUCAAACCACAUCUACACAUUCCGGGACAUCAAAGCAGCAAUAUUCACAUGGCACGGCUGCCAGAUCGAAGUGACGGGCUCAUGCGAAGAGUAUACGGCCGAGGAAACACCUAUGAUACAGUACGCGAACACUCAUUUUGCAUUGGAGAAGCUACGGGACGAAGCAAAGCAGAAUGGGCAGGAUGGGCCAAGAGUUCUGAUUGUUGGGCCUACAGACGCUGGGAAGACGAGUCUUGUGAAGCUGUUGACGGCAUAUGCGAUACGGAUGGGACGGCAGCCUAUGGUCAUAAAUACAGAUCCGAAGGAAGGAUUACUCUCCGUUCCUGGCACUUUGACGGCUACGCCAUUUGCUUCGAUCAUUGAUGUGGAGCAGGGUUGGGGUAGUAGUCCUACAAGUACUUCCAACCCAGUGCCCGUGAAGCUGCCACUAUGCUACUACUAUGGCUUGCCAAAUCCUGAAGAUAGUACGAAAAUAUAUAAGCCGAUAGUUUCGAGAUUGGCGCUAGCGGCUAUAAGUAGGCUCUCUGAGGAUCCGCUAAUUAAGUCGACCGGUAUGAUUAUUGACAGUCCAGGAGUCAUAAGUCAGGGAAAGGGUGGCUAUGAGAUCAUAUCACAUAUCGUCUCUGAGUUUGCAGUGAACGUAAUUCUGGUUAUCGGCUCAGAGAGACUCCACAGUGAGAUGCAACGCCGUUUCGUUACGUCCAAACCAUCUAACAGUGAGACAAUAACACUCGUCAAGCUCGAUAAAUCUGGCGGUUGUGUUGAUAGAGAUGAGACAUACAUGCAACAGACCCGGGAGGCAUCCUUGAAGGAGUAUUUCUUUGGAGAUUUGAAGACUACAUUGAGUCCCCACACUCAACACCUUGGGUUUGACGAUGUUCUCAUCUACAAGAUCAGAGAAGCUGACACGAUGUCUUUCUUGCCUGGAGAUGCGGAGGAGGGUGAAAAAGAUAUAUAUGAAAGGGUCAGACCGGACUCAAUGAUGCAUCACUGCAUGCUUGCUGUCAUGUAUGCAUCGAUAACCGAUUCGCAGGAGACAGUCCGAGAUGCAAGCGUUAUGGGAUUCGUUUUCGUUAGUGAUGUCGACGAGAAGAGGAACAGGAUCAAGGUGCUGGCUCCGAUGAAUACUAAGAUUGUGGAUAGACCAAUGAUUUGGGGAAGCUGGCCAGAGCCUUCCCUGAGUCUGAUAGGUUAAUGACAUAUGCAUGUAUACGAAUGCCUCUUUUGGCUUGUGAUCGUGCGUACAUCUGAUGGGAGAUUAUUGCUUCAAUCGCGGGCAAAUGAUUGUUGAUUAAUUAAAGACCAUCUCGACAGAGUCCGUCUUGCCUUCCUAUCAAAUCCAAUACACAGGACAAUCCCCCAACUCCCUUACUCCGUCCCUAGUCAUUCAACUGAUCGUAACACAGGCCAUGCGGGCAUCGUCCCAGGUGCCAUUUCCACACUAGUCCUUCUUAAUCGUCUAUUUAUCUUGUAUCUCUACUUCAAUCCCUGGUCUGGAUCUUGUUGUCGCCCUUCACAGCCUCGGCAUAGGUAGGUGGUACCGCACCCCCACUGCUUCCCUCUGCGGCAUUGUUGUUCCAGGUGCCGUUUUGAUUCUGGUGGAGUGGAGGCGCCAUAGGGGCUGUGGUUCCGUAUCCGCCACUUGGUGCUUGAGGUCUAGUAGGCUUCGCAACUCGGCGGUUACCGUCAACGAUGAUGUAUGUCACACGGCCAGACUCAGCAUCGUUGGGAACCGAGUCGUAGUCGUGUUCAGGGUGCUUCGCGAUGAUAUACCACGCAUGGAGUAGUCCUGGAAUGAACCCGAGCAUGCAGAGGCAGAUGUUGAUGAGAGAAUCGGCCGAGCAGAUGCCGCACUUGACCCAGACUGUGACAUAUUAGUUUGGUACUUCUACGCAGCCGAGCCCCAUCACUCUAGAGACGCUUGAUCAAUGUGCCAAAGAUCUCUGAGGAUAGUCGUUGGAUGUUUGAAGGAAAAGGACGGUGCUUACCAGCAAGAGGGGGGAAGAGGAUGGCGAUGAGACCGAGAAAGAUAUCUGCGGAGCACAUGUUGGCUUGAUGAUGAGGUUUUCCGGUCUGUACUAGAUUUUAUUGUAUCUGGGAUUGAAGUUUUCAGUUGAGUAGGAAGGAUCGCAGAAUGUGAUUUAAGGGAGAGGAUGGAAGAACUUGACGGUCGUGUGAAUGAAAGCCUUCGCCGUCUGCCUGACAGUCGGCGCCAGUUCGUCGUCAUUGUGCUGCGCCACAAGCCACCCACUAGUCGAAAAUAGGCUUAGGAAUACCCCGCCAACAAGCGAUAGUCUCAAGAUAACAAAAAGUUCCAGGAACCAAAAAGCUUCAAGGUG